GUAGCCGACCUAGGGUCUCCUGGCGACGACGAUGGCGGGGGAUGUGGGCGGUCGCAGCUGCACUGACUCGGAGCUGCUGCUGCACCCGGAGCUGCUGUCCCAAGAGUUCCUUCUCCUCACCCUGGAGCAGAAGAACAUAGCUGUUGAAAAUGACAAAAGAAUAAACAAAGACAAUCUUACUGACCUUUAUGUCCAGCAUGCCAUACCAUUGCCUCAGAGAGAUUUGCCAAAGAAUAGAUGGGGGAAAAUGAUGGAAAAGAAAAGAGAACAACAUGAGAUAAAAAAUGAAACUAAAAGGAAUAGCACUGCGGAUGGGUUAAGGAAAAGACCCCUCAUUGUAUUUGAUGGAAGUUCAACAAGUACAAGCAUAAAAGUGAAAAGGACAGAGAAUGGUGAUGAUGAUCGACUCAAGCCUCCCGCUCAGGCAAGCUUUACCAGUAAUGCCUUUAGAAAAUUAUCAAAUUCCUCUUCAAGUGUUUCACCCUUAAUUCUGUCUUCCAACUUGCCUACCAACAAUAAAAUGGAACACAGUAAUAAUGAUACUAAACAGAACCAUGACUUAACGCAUAGGAAAAGUCCUUCGGGCCCUGUGAAGUCACCACCUUUGUCCCCUGUUGGAACUACUCCAGUGAAGUUAAAGCGCGCUGCUCCUAAAGAAGAAGCAGAGGCUGUGAAUAACCUGAAACCCCCAGAAGCAAAGAGGAAGAUACAACAUGUUACAUGGCCGUGAAGGAGAGUUUCCCAAAAUAAAAAAACUUGCCUUGCUCACCCUGACUAGGAAAGAAUUUCUUUUCAAACAAAUGACUGGGUAUAAGUCAUUUAUCUUGGCUCUAAACAAAUCAUCAGCUGCAAGUCUGCUAUAAAACACCUGGUGCAUUUUCGAAAUUAUUCGCAUUAGUCUGUUUUUGGGGAAAUAUGAGAUUUUCUUUUUAACUCAGAUAUUCUAGUAGUUAGUUUUUAUUUUCCAAACCAAAAGAAUAUAACAGUUCAUUACAAUACUUUAGUAUUAGCAAACUCAUCUUCGAGGUUCACCAAGAAAAGCAUGUUUGAAGCGCUGGCAGAAAACUACUCAGAAUAUACAGAUAAAAUUGCUGUUCUCUCAACUGCUUAUGUAGCUUCUUCCCAUAAAAACCAAAAGGGGGUCAGUGCUUGCUGUCACUCCUUCCCUGGAGUCGUUGCAGACACGAUACAUUAUGAGUGUAGGUUAAGCCAGUACCUAGCCCAUCCUGUAGGAUGUUGUCAUGCCAGCGUCUUACCUGCCUUUUCCAGAGCUGUCUGAUCUCUAUGAGCUCAUGUGUUACUUCUUCCUAGAAGUUUAAUAUAUUCAAAAUGAAGCUGAAUUUAAACUCUUCAGGUAAGAUAAUCAUGUCAGAGUUGAUACUGGAUGGCAGAAAGUUUAGAGGAUAGGAAGAAGGCAGACAGAAUCCAGGAAGUAUAGUAUAGCCCUGAAUGGGGCAACUGCCACCUGGAAUAGGCAGAAGAGAAGAGACUGAUGUCAGAAAAGACUGCAGAGCAUAGAACGCAGAACAAGCAGACGAGCUGGAAGCGGCUCCCUGCUGGUGUGACAUGGACUGGCUACAGGGCUGUCACACACAAGUAUCUAAUAAAAUUUUGUGUUAUCAUUUCAAUGGUAUAGUGGAAGUUAGUGGGAAAAUAAGGUAAACCUUGUAUUCAUGAAUCCUAGUGUGCUCUUUUCUGUUAAGUAUUUCUAACCAAGUACAAAGAAUACUUUAUACUCUCUCCCUUGUGUGAUACUCAAAUUCAGAUUUGCCUUUUCAAGUUUUUAGAGGAGUCUCAUUCCUCUCUUGAUUUGUUAAAGCAGACAUUUUAGUUCAGCUAUUGACUAGCCUUGCAAAAAAUUAAUUCAGCCCUGCAGAUAAGUACUGUACUAAAACUUGAGCCCUACAGUUUUCAGUCAUUCUACCUUUUCCCAAACUAUAAAUCUAUACAUAUAAGACACAACUGAUGCAUACCUAGUGUUGCAUAAAUUGUUAAUGUUAUGCUAAAUUGAUAAAUAUAUAGUUAUCGGCAGGGCUGAUUCAUGUAAUAUUGUUGAAGGAUAACUGAUUCUAUACAUAACUAUUUGUUAAGGGAUAUUUUUAAAGUGCAGAUUUUAGGGUAGAAUGACAAAUUCUAUUUUAUAUUCAGUUGCCCCUCUUCUUCCAUCUGUAUUUCUCUCUUAGUUAAGAGAGAGCUAGCCAUUUGACAGUUUUAAGUCAGUGGAAACUUAUUUUUAGUUAUUCAAUAAAAUUAAUUUUUAAUUUGUAUAUUUAACUUACAGAGUAGGUUGCUAACAGCUGAACUGUGUAACAUUGUUGCUUCAAAUUGAAGUUUAAAUUAUAAACAUUUAAGAUCAGUGCUCAUAUAGCAGCAUCUUACUGAGCUAUUUUGAGUUAGAAAUGUGGAGAAGCACUAAAGCAUGUACUACGUAGUACAUAAUACUAACAACUUAAAAGGCUGUGCCUUCUCAAGGUAUAUAGAUGCAGCUCGUCUUGAAACAUUUUCUUUACAUGAGCUUGCUGAAUGAUGGGAAUCUGAAGCAGAAGGGAUCUUAUGUUUUGAAGUAUUGCUUUGAUGUGCUUUAAAGGUUAGGUCUUGAUUUGAACAACAGAAAACUUUGGAAUACUCUUCACUCAUUAACAUGAGUGAACUUUGUGACUCUUGAUUUUGUUUUCAAAUGAGCAGCUUUUCUUACUGGAUAGGCACAUGAAUGGCAUUUGAGUCAGUGAGUGGCUUUGAGGUAUGGUUAGUGGGUGCUUUACCACUUCCUGCCAUAGGUAGUGUACCUUGUUUUCUGUUUACCCUCUUUUUUCAUAUUUUCACUUUAUUUGCUUCCAUUUUCCUUCUUCCUUUCUGUAGAUCCUAAGCUUCAGGCUUAGGUUUGUGAGUUACAUUGCUUGACCCUACUCAUUCACUGAGGGGUGAAGAUAGGCUAACCCCUGAUCCUCACAUUUGAAGAUCAAAGAUUACUAUGUGAAUUCUGGAAAGUUGUGAGACCCCACAGUACCAUGGUACCAUGUUGAUUCCCCGUGGUUGUAAAGGCAGUACAGUUUAUCAAAAUAGCUGUAUUUAUGUAGACAACUUUCAGGCACUUUGAAAAGUUGGUUCAACUACAAUGAGGCCGUAAUAUUUUUGCUACUAUUAAAAUUCUUCAGAAUUCUAAUUAUUAUUUAAAAUAAUAUUUUGGUUGACUUAAGUUUUGAGAAACAAUUCUAAAAUGAUCUUUAGACUCAUUCAGUAGCAAUGACUUUUUAAAAACUUACAUUAAGUAAAACUGCCAGUAGAUUAAAUGACAUGUAUAUAACUGUUACCUCUACUUACUACUGUGGAACUUCAGUAAUUUUUAGAGGCUACAAAAUAGUCAAAAUGUUUCUAAGUGUGCUCUUUUAUUAAAUGCUUGUGCAGGUUUUGUAAUACAGGACAGAAAAGUUUAACCUUCUAAUGUACAUUUUUUUGUAUGUAAGUCUUUUAAGUAGCCUUAUCCUUAUUUAAGUAAAUUGAAUAAAAGUAUUGAGUUGGUCUGUCAUUUAUAA